AUGGCUUCCCUGGGACAGAUCAUCUUCAGCAGCAUGAUUAUCCUCAUCAUCAUAUUCUCGGCCAUCAUCAUCCUCAUCUUAGCCUUGGCAUUCUCAGGCUCCUUGUCUGAGGUGCAGAGCAGCAACAGAUUGCCCAUCGCCAACCUUGGAGAGGAUAAGCUUCUAAGCUGCUAUAUUCACACGACCAGUGAACAAACCACAUUCAGAGAAAUGUCAGUAACUUGGGAGAAGAAGGAACUGAGUGGAGUUGUUUACCUGUAUGAGAAUGGAGCUGCAGAUCUUAAGGACCAGAACUCACAGUACAAAGGGAGAACUCAGAUCUUCCCUGAUGCUUUGACCAAAGGGAACGCUUCUCUGUUGCUGAGGAGUGUGAAACGUAAUGACGAAGGGGAGUACACCUGCCAUAUCAGCUCCUCUGAUGGAGGAGGGAAGGUCAACAUUCACCUGAGAACAGCAGCUUUUUCAGCCCCCACAUUUACAUUCUCAAAUGGCACCCUGUCUGCUGAGGCAAGCAGGUGGUUCCCUAAACCAAACGUGACGUGGUUGGACUAUUUUGGGAAUGUCCUGCGGGGGAGCACGAGCUUCACGCAAAACUCUGCAGGGAUAUUCAGUGUAGUGAGCAGGCUUCAGCCAGUCAAUGUCAGCGACACCUACACCUUCAGGAUUCAAAAUGACUUGGUGAUUGCGGUCUCUGAAGCAACAAUAACAGGCUCUGGUGUUUCGAAGAACACAUACUUCACCUACAGUGCUGCAUCCUCCCGGCCAGGAUCAUACCUGAGUAUUAUAAUCAGUGUCCUCUGCAUCUAUUGUCUGAUCUAAUCUGACACACACACACACACACAUUGAAUUUACUUUAUAAAUAAUGAUAAAGCUGGGUGUUUGCAUGUGCAGGCAACACAUUUGUUUAGAUUUUGAUAAAGUAAUGACAACAUAAAGCAGUAAUGUAAUAUUAAGUUACUUGGUUAUUAAUUUAUUACAGUGGAUGUUGUUACUGUGUAACGACAAUUAACUCUGUGGUGCAAGUUCUCUGACAAGUUUUACAUUUUCUUUGUAUUUCCUCUGAUGUACUGUAUGUGUCAUGUCCUAAGUGAAGGCUCUGUACAUUAUUUAUCAGUAAACCUUUCUGAAGCCUGAAUUCAGCUUGAGUUUUAUUUUUAUCUGUCUGUUUAUCAUAAAAUGAGAUGAACCACCAUCUUUGCGGAGAAAUUGCAGCAAAAUAAGAGCAAUGUUAAAAUAUGGAAAUUUUAACAUAUAAAAACUAAGAGUGUUACAGAGUAUCAUCAAAUUAGUAGCCAUUAC